AUGCUCCUUAUCUGGGCCGGUCUUGGACUUGUCCACCAAAAACUCCCAUUUGGAGUCCUCGAAAGAAGGAGAAUACUCUUCGGUGUUCAAACCUUCCAGAGUGAUGUACUGUGGGAAGUUACCUCUGUAAUGAGCAGUAUCAAUAACGACUCUGCUGACGUUGGUCUUGAACCCGAGCUUGAUAACUGCCCAGUCAACAUGGCCAGGAGACCGCGAACGUUUGGUUUCCCAACCGUCAGACAUGUCGUGGCCGCGGCCUGGAAGCAACAAGUUGUCGGCAGAUCCAAAGUGCUGGUCGGAGAAGCCAACACAAACACCUCCGUUCAAAGCGCUUGCGGUGUCCAACACGGUGGAGAUGUCUUGAGGAAUGAUCGGGUACACGGUACCGUACAAUCUGAACCUGGCAAUUCCUCCGUCAGGAUACAUUCUUAA